UUAUGCAAAAUGAUUUAGAUGAAGCAUAUUGUAGGCUAACAAAUAUGGCAAAGUUAAUUGAGGAACAUUAUGGUCAACAUCUGAUAUCACCAAAUAUUUAUUUAUCUCUUCACAUUAAGCAAUGUUGUCUCAAUUAUGGUCCACCAUAUGCUUACACAGGAUCCUAUUCGACAAAUAAUUGGUUAAUUGAACCUGAACUUAUGCGUAUCCUAAUGAAAAAUAUACAAGUAGAAUAUAGAAUAAAAUCUGUUAAUGAGAAUGAGGCUAAAUUACUAUUAGACCAAGUUCUUCUACUUUUAGAUAAAAAAGUAUGUGGAAGUUUAAAAAUGACUGAACAUUUUGAAAGUAAGGAUUUGGUAGUAUAUCUGGAAAUGGCAAAUAAGAUUGAUACUGUUAGUGUAAUCACAGGAAAAGAAAGAUAUCUUGGAGAGAUGAUUAAACUAGUUAAUAGAGAUAUAAUUCUUUCAAAUAAUAUUUAUCAAAAUUUAAAAGAAUAUUAUUCUAUACUAUAUGAUAUAUCACCAUUAAACAAUCAAGAUGUUACUCAAAUUGUUACCCAAUUUGAAAAAUUAAAAAUAGGAGCUGAAAUAUAUGAAUCGAAGAUUGCUUCUAGAUAUGAAAAUCGUUCAUAUAUCAGGGCAAAGUUUUUGGCUUAUAGUGAUAAUAAUGUAGAUAUAUAUCCUGGACAAAUACAAUUCUUUUUUCAACAUAAAUUUAAUGAGAAUACGCAUCAUCUAGCUUAUGUCCGAUGGUAUCGCCCAUAUACAACACGAAGAUUUUUCUUAUCAUUAAAGAAUGAUGAACAUUGUGAUGUAGAAAUUUGGCAUGAAAAAUUUUAUAAAGAAUCAAGAGAUUGUAUAAUUCCUAUACAAAGAAUAUUAGGCUAA